AAUAUUUUUUGUUAGGCGGUGCCGCGGACACCUUUGCUUCGCGAUGAUUGGCUCACGGCGGGGGCCUCGUGUGUGUCCAAUAUGGCGGCGCCCAGUGGCGGUGUGAACUGUGAGGAGUUCGCCGAGUUCCAGGGAGUGAUAUUCUUGAAGAUAAUCUCAACAGAUUGAAUUAUUUGACAAACAUCAUUUGGUCAAAGAAGUUUCUGUGGAGUCUUUCCAGCAUUAUAUACACCCUUUUCACCACUUCAGCUGCGCAGAUUAGAUCAGCACAACAGCAGCAGACUUCAAAUGUGAUCAAAGUGCCUAACAAAUACAAAUAUUUGUAAAAAUCUUAAAUAAGGAAUUACUCAAGGUGAUGAGGACGAUUGAUGACAGAAUAGUACAUGAAUUAAACACUACGGUUCCAACAGCUUCCUUUGCAGGGAAAAUUGAUGCCAGCCAAACCUGUAAACAACUUUAUGAGUCUUUGAUGGCGGCUCAUGCCAGUAGGGACCGAGUCAUAAAAAACUGUAUAGCUCAGACCUCAUCAGUAGUAAAACAGCUCCGAGAAGAGAGAGAAAAGAAUUUGGACAAUUUAACAUUAUUAAAGCAACUUAGAAAAGAACAGACAAAGUUGAAAUGGAUGCAGUCAGAACUGAAUGUUGAAGAAGUGGUAAAUGACAGGAGCUGGAAGAACACAAUGGAUGUGUUUGGAUACCUUGGAAGAAACUCCCCAUGGUGUCUGAACUUCAGUUCCAGCAAGGGAAGAGUCAGAGCAGCAUCCAGGAUGAGUUUUGGCCUUCUAAGUGAGAAACAUGCCAGAAAUUGAUCAAUUCACUCCCUUAGGUAAGUGGAAAAAACCUGUUUCCCAAGAAAGAACAGAGUAGGCAUUGCCUACAACCCUGGGCAGAAUCAUGCCCUCUGAAUCUUCAGUUGACCCAAUGCACAGUCAUUUAACCAUGGUCUUUGGCAGAGAAUUCUGGAAGUGCCUGACAGAUAUCUGGGGUUGAAUCCCUCAGCUUUGCAAGGCAAGAGUGCAUUCUGUCAGUCUUUCCUUUGGGGUUAGGGAAAAUAACUUUUGCCGUAGAGAACAGAUUCUUGCUCCCAGAUUCCACUUCAAAUUUGGUGGGGGAAAUGUUUCAGAAAUGUAAUUUUUUCCUUUGAUUGCAGUGGUUUUGCUAAGAGAAGACAGAUCUUUUGGGGAAAAUCCUGCUCCUUUAUUUGGAUAAGUCCUAAAUGGCCAACCAACUUUUGAACACCCUUUCCAUCAACAGUUUAUCCAGUUGUAGGUCUAUUUUCUUUUUU